CGCACUUGAUGAGUGUGAGGAUGAUAGAGAUGUUCAGACUAUUCUGAAGCUCCUAGCUGAAGCUCGGUCAUUGACGAGAGUACGACUUCGAAUCUUUUUGACUAGUAGACCUGAAAUUCUAAUUCGACAUCGCAUGGGCGCUAUCCCGCAAGCUGAACACCAGGACUUCGUACUCCACAGUAUACAGCCAAGGAUCAUUAACCAUGAUAUCUCGCUAUUCCUGGAACAUAAUCUGGGGGAAAUCAGACAAGAGUGGACUUUUGAAGCAGACUGGCCAGGCGAAGUAAUUUUGAGACAGCUAGUUCUGCACGCUUGUGGUCUCUUUAUUUGGGCUGCAACAGCUUGUCGCUUCAUUCGUGAGGGGAGGCGAUUCGCACGCAAAAGACUAGAUAAAAUCCUCACGGGCAGUAGCAGUAGCGCUAUUACCGCACCAGAGAAGCACCUCGACGAGAUCUACCUCGCUGUCCUCAAGAACUCGAUCUCCUCGGACUAUUCGGAUGAAGAGAAAGAAGAGGCACGCGAUAUAUUAAAGUCUACGCUUGGAAGUGUAGUAGUAUUGCUCUCGCCUCUUUCUGCCUCUUCGCUAAGCAGGCUAUCGCGCCUUCCAAAGGAAGAGGUCGACCAGACAUUUGAGGAUCUCCAUGCGAUCCUUGAUGUUCCAGAGGACCCGACUCACCAGCUCCGCCUACACCACCCUUCAUUUCGCGACUUCCUCCUCAACAAAGAUCGAUGUGGGGAUUUCUGGAUAGAAGAGAAGGAGGCACACCAGUUAUUAGCAACUGACUGUAUACAGUUAAUGUCCCAGACACUGAAGAAGGACAUUUGCGAAAUGCAUAUUCCUAGUAGUCAAACUAGCCAAGUUGAGAGCGAUUGGAUUAAGAAAUGCCUUCCUCCCGAAAUUCAAUACGCAUGCCUCUACUGGGUUCAACAUCUGCAAAGGAGUGGUUCUCAGGCUCAUAAUGGCGAAAUAGCCCACCGGUUUCUGCAAGCUCAUCUACUACACUGGCUUGAGGCGCUAGGGUGGAUGGGUAAGACGUCAGAAGGGAUUCAAGCAAUCUUGAUAUUAGAGGCUCACGUUCAGGUAAGCUGUCUAUCUAUUAUUUAUUAGAAUCUAACUUGUCCUUAGGCUAUUAAAACCCCCGAUUUUCACGCAUUUAUCCAUGAUACAAGGCGAUUUGCUCUAUAUAACCGAUCAAUUAUUGAACAGGCGCCCCUUCAAUUAUACUGUUCAGCCCUUAUCUUCGCCCCAGAGAGGAGUAUUGUUCGGAGACAAUUUGAAGGGUCUAUCCCGACUUGGAUUCAGAGAAAACCAAAAGUACAAGCGGAUUGGAGU